AUGGAAGGAGCAGAGGAUCUCUUCACAGAUGCCUGCUGCUUUAGGGAUGAGAAGGAGGGGCUCAAGGCAGGCUAUGCAGUGGUAAGUAAGAGAGGGGAGCAGCUGGAGGUGAUCAAAGCAGCAAAGUUGGAAGGGCAGCAGUCAGCGCAGAGAGCAGAGGUGAUUGCACUGAUUGAAGCCCUUAAAUAUGCUCAAGGAAAGAAGAUAAACAUUUACACUGAUUCAGCCUACGCCUUUGGAGCCGCACAUGUGGAGCUGGGUCAGUGGAAGAGAGCUGGAUUCCUUACUACCAAUCAACAACCAAUCAAACAUGAGAAGGAGAUGAAGGCGCUGGAAGAGGCGCUGGAAGGACCCCUGGAGGUGGCAAUAAUAAAGUGCAAGGGGCACGAUGAUUCGGCCACCUGGGUUGCUCGAGGUAAUCGAGCAGCGGAUGAAGCAGCAUCAUAA